AUGGAUAGUGAGCCUUUGUGCAGACCGCUGUACGGCAGCACGGCGCUUUUUGGUAAAAUUUUACUGUAGUUUCUUCAUGCAUCAGAUUUCGAGCGCUUUUGGUGUUGUUUUAUAUUUUGCUUCCGCAUAUGGUAGUGCUUAUUUUGCAAAAAAAAAUCGUAGAGUUCUGAGUCCGACGUCGCUUCUGCACGCAGAACAUCAAAGCUUCAACAUAAACAGCCGAGGACGCGCACGGCACUUGCCCUUUCUACCUGAAGAUCGGCGCUUGCCGACAUGGCGACCAGUGCUCCCGACACCACGUGCGACCGACGUCCAGUCAGACGCUUCUCCUGUCCCACAUGUACCCCGUGCCCGCCGCUGCGGUGAAGAUAGCAGCGGGGGGACUCUGGGAGGAGGAAACCUACAACGCCGUGCAGAAGCAUUUGGAAGAUUUUUACGACGAGGUUUUCCACGAGCUGGCUACUAUCCACAGUGCAAUUUUUUUUUUUUGUUCACGACGUAAAAGUGAGUUUCUUAUUUUUCUGCAUGACAAAAGUUUUUUCCAAUCCAUCGUCCGAACAUGAUUGAGCAUGACUAGUAGCAAGCUCCAAGCUGGCGAACUUUCUUGUCAUGCAUGGUGUACGUCGUUUACGGGAAAUUUUUUUGUAUUGCAUACCUACCUACGGUGAGAUAGAAGACAUGAUCGUUGCGGAUAACGUGUCCGAGCACAUGUUGGGCAACAUCUACUAUGCGAGAAAAAAACUGUGUAAGUUUGUAAUGCAGAAAAUGCGAGAGAGUAUACACUUGUCAUGCCAGACACCCAUGACGUCAUCUUUUCAUAUGUGUUUUCACGUACUUGCUGUGCUUGGCAGGCUUUUGCUUUUUCUCUCAUGCGGAGAAAAUUUGUCAUGCUGUCCCCCGAAGUAGACACCUUCACUAACAAAGUUUUUUUCUUCGAUAUUUACGUGAAGUACUUUAUGGAAGAGGACGCGGAGAAAGCAUUGCAGAAGUUGAACGGGCGGUACUACGCGUAUGGGGUUCUCAAACGUUACUUCAUCCUCAACUGUUACAUGAUUUGUCAUGCAAAAUGACCAUAAGCCGCCACACGAUCAAGGUGUUUCGCAUGACAAAUUCGCGAAGGGCUAAACACCACCUGGACCUGCUCCAAAUUUGUAAUGCAAAGCGCGCAAUCUUCCCGCGUUCACUUUUGCUCUUCUUGCAUGACAAAUUCAUGCAACAGUUGAGAGUGUAACAUUUGAGAAUCCCAUAACGCGGGGCGCAUGAUAAAGGCGGAAUUUUCCCCGGUCACGGACUUCAGGGAGGCGAGGUGCCGCGCGUUCCACGAGGCGAGAUGCAAUCGCGGAGGGUACUUCUAACCGCUUGAAAAGUUUCUCUGGUGCGCCGUCGUCCUGCUCGUGCGCGGAGCUUUGUUUAUUAUUUUCACCUCCUCGCUCUGCAGGAGCUGCAGGUGAGAAAUAUUAGACUUUUUUUUUUCAUCACAUCAGGUAUUGCAACUUUCUGCACAUCAAGCAUGUUCCGAGAGCGAACAAGCGGCGGUUGGUCCAGGAGAUGUACGAAGAUUAUCCCCACUACAGCCACAAGAAGGAACGUCUAAACAGCAAGAAAAAGCCCGAGUCUUUCAGUUCCAGCUCCUCUUCGCUACCGAAAAUCGACGACCCUGCUCAGCAGUCCGCGGCCGCGGCCGCCGCGAUGUGGGGCGCAGCUGGGAUGUUUGGCCACCCGCUGAUGCAACCCGGAGCAGCAUGGGACGUCGCGACGCAAAACGGCGUAGGCGGGCCAGCGGGUGGUGCGUUCGGCAUGCCGGCGCCAGGGGAUCAUCCAUGGGGCGGUGGUGGUGCUGCGGGUGCUGCAAAUGGAGCGGGUGGUGGAAUAGCGCCGUGGGCGGGCGGUGGUACGCAGCAAGGCGGCAAAUGGUGGGGCGGAAGAGGCGGGGGAUCGUCAGGUAGCUGGGGAAAGGGCGGGAAAGGCGGAAAGUGGAACGGACAGCAGGGCGGGUAUUAACUUAUGAAAAUGAAAAUCAUUUAUUCUGUUCAUACGCAUAGAAGGCACUUCUCUGAGAAUCUAUAUCUCUUUCAAUGGCCACUUGACUACAGGCCAUUUUUUCACUGCACGGUGAAGAAAUCCUCAACUUAGUUAUAGUGCAGUGAUGACCACGUGGUCGAGGUCGUGCGCAAGUUCUUAUCAAGGACCAAAAACUAACUACAGAACCAACUACUCCGUGCCCGAUGCACCGCUCGGAACGGACGCAAAUGCCGUUCCAGUCGCGAACGUUGUACAACAAGUACAACCCCCACCACCAGCAGCAAACAAUAAACGGGAACAAGAAGUAAAUGAGGAAAACCCCCCAUGGCCGCAAUUCGAUCCUGCGAUGAUGAAGCGACAGCGAAUGGACGAUGUUGGCAACGCGGCAAAUGCGGGGCAAUAGCAAUCCUUAGAUGUUUUAGUUUUUUUGAAAGAAGGCAUUCAAUUCCAAACACUAACAGUGCGGGCUACGGCUAUGGCUAAUAUCGAGGGAGAAGCACUACAGCAGUAGUAGCUUCUUGAAGUUGACGAACGAACAGGAAACAUUCAAUCAUAACAGUCAGCGACGACAGCUUUUCAGGAGAGGACACAUUCAAUCACAUUAACGAUUCUUCAGGUCGGACAGUUGUAGCAGUACGAAGACUAACGCUAAUUGUAGCCCUUGGAGCUUGUUUUUUGUACCAAGGAUCAUGAGAAUACAGAUUUUGGUUUGGUCAUCGGUCGAGCAAGUGUUACCAGACCACUGGCAUCAACUGACGGAUGAGCAGCUGUGAUAGUUGUGCAAGUUGUGAUGGCAACUACUGUAAAGAACGGUCACCAGAAGUUGUCUUCUAUCAAUUCAAGGAAUAUGUGUUGUUUGAUGAUAU